ACCCGGAAGGAAACAGUCAGCCGAGAAGCUGACUGAUUUGAAACCCAUGCUGACACAGAGAAAUUAGAAAAUGUUUAACCUCCUGUACGCCACAGUUACGCAAGCACAUUACUGAAGUAAUCGUUUUCAGUUAUACUCAGAUGUAUCAGUGUCAAAGAGCAUUAGGUCGCAUCGAUAGUUCAUUAAACACGUGCAAGUGCAAUUCACUCUCAAAGCAAAUACACUUGCAGCGAGUUCGCGAGACUUGAAGAACAUGAACAACGAAAACUUCAACCUGAGCGAAAAAAUCGUCUCGUCUUCGUAUGUGCGGCAAGGUCUGCAAGCUCGUCGCAGUCAUGAGCAACUGAUCAGAGUCCUCUUAGAGCAGGGCAAAUGUCCAGAGGAAAGAUGGAGCGAAAGCACCAUAGAGCUCUUUCUAAACGAGCUGGCAGUCAUGGACAGCAACAACUUUUUAGGGAACUGUGGUGUCGGAGAGAGAGAGGGCAGAGUUGCCUCCAGUCUGGUGGCCAGAAGACAUUACAGACUGAUCCAUGGAAUCGGUCGAUCGGGGGACAUUGCUGCUGUCCAGCCUAAGGCAGCCGGUUCCAGUCUCCUGAAUAAAAUCACCAAUUCAGUAGUGCUAGAUGUUCUAAAAUUAACAGGUGUAAGAAGUGUGUCUUCGUGUUUUGUGGUCCCCAUGGCGACAGGAAUGAGUCUUACGUUGUGCUUCCUCACACUAAGACACAGGAGGCCAGGGGCGCGCUACAUCCUCUGGCCUCGUAUUGACCAGAAGUCCUGUUUCAAAUCUAUGGUGACUGCUGGUUUUGAACCUGUGGUGAUUGAGAAUGUUCUGGAAGGAGAUGAGCUGAGAACAAACCUGGAAGAAGUAGAGAGGAAGAUUGAGGAGUUGGGUGCCAAAAACAUCCUGUGUGUCCAUUCUACAACAUCUUGCUUUGCACCACGUGUCCCUGACAGACUAGAGGAACUUGCUGUUUUGUGUGCCAAGCAUGAUAUCCCCCACAUUGUCAACAAUGCCUAUGGAGUGCAGUCAUCUAAAUGUAUGCACCUUAUUCAGCAGGGGGUCCGUGUAGGGAGAAUUGAUGCCUUUGUCCAAAGUCUUGAUAAGAACUUCAUGGUUCCAGUUGGUGGGGCCAUCAUCGCUGGAUUUGAUGAGGAUUUCAUUAAAGAGAUCAGUAAAAUGUACCCUGGUCGAGCUUCUGCCUCCCCAUCUCUAGACGUGCUCAUCACGUUGCUCUCUCUUGGGGCCAGCGGAUACAAGAAACUCUUGUCUGAGAGAAAGGAGCUGUACAGCCACCUGGCACAGGAGGUGAAAGCUCUAGCUGAGAGGCAUGGAGAGAGACUGCUACACACUCCACACAAUCCAAUAUCACUAGCCAUGUCACUGAACUGUCUCCAGACUCGCAGUGAUCAAGCAGUCACCCAGUUGGGCUCCAUGCUCUUCACCAGACAGGUAUCUGGGGCCAGGGUGGUCCCACUGGGUGUGGAACAGACUGUGAGUGGACACACAUUCCGUGGCUUCAUGUCACAUUCAGAUGCCUACCCAUGCCCAUACCUAAACGCAGCCUCUGCUAUAGGAAUAACUAAAGAAGACAUAUCGUUGUGCAUGAAGAGACUUGAUAAAUGCCUCAAAAGUCUUAGGAAAGAAGUUUCUUCAGAAAAUAAUGAGUCAGCAUCUCCAGUGGAAAGUUUGGAAGAACAAACGGUGCCCUGAGAAUACAGGUUUUUCAGGGCUAUAUGAUAUAUGAACUUGAUAUUGUGACAUAUACCUUAUGUUUGAUCUGAACAAAUGUAUCUAUUGAGUUUCUCCAUAAAAAACCAGGAAACCUGUGUUUUAAAGCUGUUUAAUCUGACUGACAAUAAAUACACAAUUUCAAUUUUAAAUCAUCUGUC